GCAUCGUGUGUGUAUAUAUAUAUAUCGGCAGUAGAGGGGGCAGGUCUGUCCUCCCCCUCCUUGCACGUGUCUCUGACUCUAUCGCUCCAACAGCCCUUCAUUCAGCAUUUGCUGAAACUGCAGCGUUCACGCAGUAGCCCUCGGACAGCAGCGAUGUUUUCCUGCAGAGCGGCCUGGCAAAGGUGUGGGCCUUUGGCACGGAGAGCGGCCUACAGGUUGCCACAAGAUGUCAUGCAGCGGCGGCCAAUGUCGUCAGUUCCAGGUGGUUCUGGGGAGAACAUAUUGUAUGCCGUGCUGUGUGGUGGAGCCUUUGUCGCUUCUUUGGCAUAUGCAUAUAACACUGUGUCCACAGAUGGCAUGAGAUAUAAUGAGCGCAUUGCAGAAAUCAGAGCCAGACCAAAAGACAACUGGGUGCCUAAACCCUGGCCACCUAAGAGCAGCGGCGAGGAUGAUGAGGAGGAGGAGGCGGCGGUGGCGGCAGCAGCAGCAGCAGCAGCAGCAGCUGAGGUUGAGGUUGAGGAAGAGGAGGCCCCUGUGGCUCCUGUUGAUGCAGAGCCUGUAGUGGAGGAAGUCGCAGAGGAAGUUGCUGAGGCCGCUGAGGUGAUCGUAGAAGCUGUUGAGGUGCAAGACAUGGAGACGGCUGCAGAAGAAGUAGCCCAAGUGGCAGAAGCUGUUGAGGAGGCCACCCAGGCUGUUGCAGACCCAACUGCAGUAGCUGCUGAGGAGCCUGAAAGCAACGUGCUACUGGCAGCUGCCUCUCUAGAGGCACCGAAGAUAGCUGAAGUAAAGGAACAAUUGGUAGCUACUGUUGAAGAUAACAUAAAAGAGCCUUUGACACUAACUGAGGCAAAGUCUGUUGAAGAAACUGAACCAGGUGCGGAAGCCCCUCCUGAAAAUCAAGAGGCCCCUGCACCAACAGAAGUUUCUCCAAUAGUUGAGGAGGCCCCUGCACCAAUGGAAGUUUCUCCAGUUACUGAGAACGCUCCUGUGCCAGUGGAAGUUGCUCCAGUUGUUGAGGAGGCCCUUGCACUAGUGGAAGUUGCGCCAGAUGUUGAGGAGGCCCCUGCACCAGUGGACGUUGCUCCAGUUGUUGAGGAGGCCCCUGCAUCAGUGGACAUUGCUCCAGUUAUUGAGGAGACCCCUGCACCAGUGGACGUUGCUCCAGUUGUUGAGGAGACCCCUGCACCAGUGGACAUUGCUCCAGUUGUUGAGGAGGCCCCUGUAUCAGUGGAAGUUGCUCCAGUUGUUGAGGAGGUCCCUGCACCAGUGGAAGUUGCUCCAGUUGUUGAGGAGGCCCCUGUACCAGUGGAAGGUGCUCCAGUUGUUGAGGAGGUCCCUGCACCAGUGGAAGUUGCUCCAGUUGUUGAGGAGGCCCCUGUACCAGUGGAAUGUGCUCCAGUUGUUGAGGAGGUCCCUGCACCAGUGGAAGGUGCUCCAGUUGUUGAGGAGGCCCCUGUACCAGUGGAAGGUGCUCCAGUUGUUGAGGAGGCCCCUGUACCAGUGGAAGGUGCUCCAGUUGUUGAGGAGGCCCCUGUACCAGUGGAAGUUGUUCCAGUUGUUGAGGAGGUCCCUGCACCAACAGAAGUUGUUCCAGUUGUUGGGGAGGCUCCUGCACUAGAAGAAGUUGCUCCAGUUGUUGAGGAGGCUCCUGCACCAGUGGAAGUUGCUCCAGCUGUUGAGGAGGCCAUUGCACUAGAAGAAGAUGUUGAAGUGGCCCCUGCACCAGUGGAGAUUUCACCAGAUGCUGUAGGAGUUGUUGAGGAGGACCUUGUGACAGUAGAAGAAACCUCAGCACAGGUGGUUGAAACCUUGGCACCAGUAGAACCUGAUGCUGCCACAGCUUUAGAUGAAGAACCAGUAACGGCCACAAUUGCAGAAGCAGUUGUAGCAGCCCCUGCCUCAGAAGUGGCCACCCUUGUGGUGCAACAAGUGGCUGAAGCCUCUGUGGAAACCCCAGUAGACAAGAAAGAGUAUAUUGUCAUUGUUCUGGAGGGAACACCUAAAGAAGAAAAGAGGCCCAAGGUGUUAGGAGUGGGGCCCGUGACUGGUAGAGUCAUCCCAGCUCAAGACGAUGAUGAUAUCCCUGCUUCUGAGGGUAAGCGCCGUCUUCUCAGGAUGCAAAUGCAGUAGUUUCAACAAAGUGAGCAGCUCCUGAAUGAUGACAAUCCUGCGGAAGAAGAGGAUGUGCCUUUCUCCAACACUUCCCCCUCCUCUUUUUACCCUGAAACAUCAGGGUGUAAAGAAACACAUUUCAUUGUUUAGACUGGCAUCACCUUUAUCGAGCUACCAUCCUAAUGUAUACGAAGUGGGCCUAAUAGCCCAUUACUACAACAUUUUACAUUGACUUUCUAGUUCCAGGUGAGCCUAGUAAGUAGUUCAUAAGAUCCCUGGUUUAUCUUCCACUCGUAUUCUCGUAGCAUCUGUGAAUUGCAUUCUGUUUAGAGCUGAGGACUAAUCUGAGCCAUUUCCUUUCCCUCUCCUGAUUGUUACAGCAGACUUGGUAGCCUCAGAUCACUCCAGUGGAAUAUAUUGACACUUUCUACAAGAUUCUGUUAACCUAAUCACGGCCUAGCUAUUACAGUGUUAUCGCUUUCCAAGAUCUGUGCUUCUAGUCACCAGCAUGCUUUACAAUGCCCAUCCUCAAGUUUUGUGUGCUGCGUGUGUCGUUAAAAUGAAGAGCUGGAAGCACCCGCUGCAGUUUUCUUGUUUAAUCGACUAACAUUUUGAGCAUGGUGGCUAAAGAGCCUGUGGAGCUGCCGUGCUACCUCAGUGUUUUUAAUGUUUUCAAGUCUUUACAACAACACUCCAGACCUCUUCUUUAUGCUAUCAGUGUUACGUUCCUAAGCCAAAAACACUUUAAGGUUACUAAGCCAUUUACGUAAACUAUGCACAUUCUUCAUUUAGCUCUAACUAGAAAUCACCGAAACAACUAGCCCUUGUAUUGCUGCUAUCACUGGAUUCAUGUUUUCUUCCUUCUUGGUUAUGUUCCAUUUUGUGAUGUCACUGCUGGUAUUAUUGGCCUUUACAGUUCUAACAUACACACAUAGUCAUACAAUAUGGCGAUUGUACAGAAAUAUUAGGAACCUCCUUAAGUUGUAACCUUUUUUUGCACAACCCAUAUUCCGAUAUAUCAAAGCUGAAAGGAGUAGAGGUAGAGUGUUCUUUCUUUUUUAAGAAUUUAUAUUGAAGUGUAGCUUAGUGUCAUGGCCCAAUAGGAAGCCAUCAAUACUUCAGGUAGGAAAAUUAAUAAGUUGUCUUGUGUUCUUUCAGUUUCUGCUACUUGGUCCCUUUUCAUGGUUUCCUUGUUUUGUUCCAGCAGUCAGUCCUGCGUGGAUGUGUAAUUCAGAGGCUUGCAGUAAGUACAGAAAGAUGUGAUGCUGAUGUGCUGGUAUGUCAUGAAGUUUGUGAAACUGUUACAGUAAGUUUGAAGAAAAGUCUCCAGUGUGGAACCCUUGCUUGCCUUGUAGUUCUCUAUUCCUUGAUUCACUCCUUCAAACUUUUACACCUCUGCUGUUAUUUGUGACUUUGUUUGCUUGACGUAAAACAGUCAUGAGACUGAGAGGGAAGAUGUGAGGAUCAGUGUUGUAUUGUGUAUUUUAAACCUGUGCUCAUAGGCUAGUUUCAGUUAUAAGGAAGUAAGUGUUUAGCAAAGAACAGAAACUGUGACACAUACUGUUUUUCUUGUUUUGCAAAAUAAAAGAGGGAUUCAAAUAUUA